AUGGAUAACUUGAAUGUUUUCGCAAAUGAAGACAAUCAAGUGAAUGAUGUGAAGCCCCCACCACCACCACCUCGAGUGUGUGCAAGGUGUGAUUCUGAUAAUACUAAAUUUUGUUAUUACAACAACUACUGUGAGUUUCAGCCACGAUACUUCUGCAAGAACUGUCGUAGAUACUGGACUCAUGGUGGGGCUUUAAGAAACAUACCAAUUGGUGGAAGUAGUCGUGCCAAACGGGCAAGGGUAAAUCAACCUUCGGUUGCUCGGAUGGUUUCUGUUGAGACCCAACGAGGUAACAAUCAACCUUUCUCUAAUGUUCAAGAAAACGUUCAUCUUGUUGGAUCUUUUGGUGCUUCAUCUUCAUCUUCUGUUGGUGCUGUUGGGAACCUUUUUGGUUCUUUGUAUGAUAUUCAUGGUGGUAUGGUAACAAAUUUGCAUCCAACUCGAACUGUUCGACCAAAUCAUCGCUUAGCUUUCCAUGAUGGAUCAUUUGAGCAAGACUAUUACGAUGUUGGGUCCGAUAAUCUUUUGGUCAACCAACAAGUUGGUGGCUACGGUUAUCACAUGAAUCCAGUGGAUCAAUUCAAGUGGAACCAGAGCUUCAACAACACUAUGAACAUGAAUUAUAAUAACGAUAGCACUAGUGGAAGUAGCAGAGGAUCUGACAUGAAUGUGAACCAUGAUAACAAGAAGAUCAGAUACCGCAACUCUGUGAUUAUGCAUCCUUGUCAUCUGGAGAAGGAUGGUCCUUGA